GCGCAAAUUCAAACCGAUCGACCUCGACAUUCGUGAGCUGUGAUUGCAGAUUGCAGAUCGCAUGGAUGGCCAUCCACUCCGCUGGUGACUGUCUACAUCAUACCUUAUCGCUCCACGAGCGAUCGGCGCACCAAGCCAAAUCGAGCCGAGCCGAGCCGAGCCAGGUCGAGCUAGGUCGAGGCGAGUCAAGGCGAGUCAAGGCAACGAUCAAGAAAGAUCAAGUCUUCCAAGUGGAGUCCCAUUCCACAAAUAUCCCACCCAUCACCCGUCAAGGGGCAUCGGUAAAACAGCUAGCUGCCUUGCUUGCCCUGACCUCUCAAGCUUUGCGCUCUUCAAAGUCUGCUCGGAGAGGGUGGAAGGGGCGUGGAGGGUGCAUGUGAUUCGACAUACGUGAGCGAGCGAGCGAGCGAGCGAGCGAGAAAGCCCGUUAGCCAGCCCACCAGCCCACCAGCCCACCAGCCCACCGGCCAGCCCACCGGCCAGCCAGCCAGCCAUGACAUCCACGACCUACUUGCCGCCCAACGCAGCCACUGCGGGCUCCUCUUCGGGCAACGCAGCGACGAACGGCGCAGGUGGGGGAUCAGCACUAUCGCUCUCCACACCUCUGGCCAACACCGGCUCAUCCAAAGCCUCUCGCGUCUGUUACUUUUACGAUGGCGACAUUGCAUCCUACCACUACGGACCCGGACAUCCCAUGAAGCCCACGCGCAUUCGCAUGUGUCACAGUCUAGUGAUGCAGUACGGUCUGUACAAAAAAAUGGAGAUAUUCCGAGCUAAACCGGCGACGAAGCGAGAAAUGUCUCAGUUUCAUACGGACGAGUAUGUGGAUUUCCUCUCCAAAGUCACGCCGGAUAAUGUGGAUCAUUUCGUUAGGGAACAGAGCAGGUUCAAUGUGGGCGACGAUUGUCCCGUAUUCGAUGGGCUGUUCGAGUACUGCUCCAUAAGCGCUGGCGGCAGCAUGGAAGGUGCCGCUAGGCUCAGCAGGGACAAGUGCGACAUUGCCAUCAACUGGGCCGGCGGUCUGCAUCACGCCAAAAAGGGUGAAGCGAGCGGCUUCUGCUACAUCAACGACAUUGUGUUGGGUAUUUUGGAAUUGCUGAGAUAUCAUCCCCGAGUACUGUACAUCGACAUUGAUGUGCACCAUGGCGAUGGAGUGGAAGAGGCUUUCUACACUACCGACAGGGUCAUGACUUGCUCCUUUCACAAGUACGGAGAAUUCUUUCCCGGCACCGGAGAGUUGAGGGACAUUGGCUAUGGUCGAGGCAAGAAUCACAGCGUGAACUUUCCGCUGCGCGAUGGCAUCACGGACGAGUCGUACAAGUCGGUGUUUGAACCCGUCAUCACUCAGAUCAUGGAGCAUUACAGACCUAGCGCGGUGGUGCUGCAGUGCGGCAGCGAUAGUCUUGCGGGCGACAAGUUGGGCAGCUUCAACCUGAGCAUGAGAGGACAUGCCAAUUGUGUCUCUUUUGUCAAAUCCUUCAACUUGCCCCUGUUGCUGCUGGGAGGUGGCGGAUACACGAUCCGGAACGUGUCGCGAGCUUGGGCAUACGAGACGGGUCUGGCAGCGGGUCUAGAGCUGGGUCAUCAGGUGCCUGUGAACGAGUACUACGAGUAUUUUGGACCGGAUUACGUGCUGGAUGUGCGAAGGAACAACAUGGAAGAUCAGAAUACGCCUGCCUACCUUCAAAAGAUCAAAGCGCAAGUGUUUGAGAAUCUGCGCCAGACGUCGCACGCGCCUUCUGUGCAGAGCUUUGAGAUACCCAGAUUAGCGCACGAUGAGGAGAUGGAGGAUGCAAGCAAGACGAGGGAGGAAGAGGAGGAUCUGAAUGCGGACAUGAGAGCUAUUAGGCAAGAGGGAUGGAAAGAUGGGCAUGUGCAGAGAGAAGACGAGGGCAGCGAUAGCGAGGAUGAGGGAAUGGAUUCGAGGAGGAAUGAGAAGAAUCACAGAGAUGCCGAUCAAGAGGCAGAGGAGGGGGAUAAUUCGACGCGCAGAGCGAGGAGGAGGACGCCAGGCAUCAUGGAUCCGCUUUUGAAAAGGGCGGCUUUGGGAGAAGAGAGAGCGAGCAUCUCUCCAAGUACUCGACCUACUCAUGGAGUUACGCAACAGUCCGACGAGAAUACCGGCGCCGCUGCCCUCAGCGCAGCGCAGAGCGCGAGCGGUCCCUCGACGGGCCAAACGUCGAAUGGGGAGAAGAGAAAUGGAGAAUCUGUACCGGUUGCACCACCCACCGGCAGUAGUCAUGGGGAUGUGGAGAUGAAAGAAGCGUAGGCUCGCAUUCUGCUCCCCUCCUCUUUGAGCGUAACCUGUACGAUCCUCUCCCCCCCCCUUGCCCUCCUUGCCGCUCUCACAAUCCUGCAAUCGAUUUGGCCCUCCUUCCAUGCUCUGCUCGUGUGCCACACCAAUCGACUUGCAACCUCGUCUUGUCUUUGCAACUCUUGUGCCAUCGCACGAGCAACCAAAAAGAUAUGGUACUACACUCUACCCUUCUGUGGAGUGAGACGCACCCCGCUUGUUCGACCUUUUACAACGUGCAC